GCAAACACACAGCAGUGGUAUGGCAGUCAGGAAACGGACAGCCAUUUUAUAAUCCGCAGCGUUUCUGUGCUAUUUACAGUUUUAAAGCAUUUAUUCCAUUUUUCAAUGAUGGGUCAGUGUGGGAUCACGUCGUCCAAGACCGUCCUGGUUUUUCUGAACCUGAUAUUUUGGGCCGCUGCUGGUAUCCUGUGUUAUGUAGGAGCCUAUGUGUUUAUCACAUAUGAUGACUAUGACCAUUUCUUUGAGGAUGUGUACACACUGAUUCCAGCCGUUGUCAUCAUCGCUGUUGGUGCGCUCUUGUUCAUUAUUGGACUGAUCGGAUGCUGUGCCACUAUUCGAGAGAGCCGCUGUGGUCUGGCUACAUUUGUCAUCAUUCUUAUGCUGGUGUUUGUCACUGAAGUGGUUGUGGUGGUGCUUGGCUAUAUUUACAGAGCGAAGGUGGAAAAUGAGGUCAAUCACUCCAUCCAGAAAGUGUAUAAUGAAUACAACGGCACCAACACAGAUGCCCCGAGCCGUGCCAUUGACUAUGUGCAGAGACAGCUACAUUGCUGCGGAAUCGCCAACUACUCUGACUGGAAGAACACUCCCUGGUUCAAAGAGUCUCGAAAUAACAGCGUGCCACAGAGUUGCUGUAAACCCAAUGUGAGCAACUGCACCGGCUCCCUCUCCCGCCCUGGAGAUCUCUACCCUGAGGGUUGCGAGGUAUUGGUUGUGAAGAAGCUGAAGGAGAUCAUGAUGUACGUCAUCUGGGCUGCUUUGACGUUUUCUGCAAUACAGAUGCUGGGGAUGUUGUGUGCCUGUGUGGUGCUGUGCCGUAGAAACCGGGACCCAGCCUACGAGCUUCUCAUCACUGGAGGGACGUAUGCAUGAACAAACCAUACCAGACAAACUUUUUCACGCACAUACACACACACGCAGACAGACAUGCACGCAAACACACACACACACACACACACACACACACUGGGCUCAGGGUUCUGUCAGUGUGAGGUGGCACACUGGAUAUGCCCUAAUUUACUUCUCUUUCUACACACCUUACACAGGGUUUGCUCUCACAAUGCACUGGUGAUGGGUGAAGGAGCUUGGUUAUUUAUGUGCAUCUCCACAAAAUGGGUUUUAAUUUAACCUGUUUUUCUCAAAGGCGUUGGGCUGAAUUGCAAAAUGGCGGACAACCAAUUGUUAAUCCCAAUGAGAAGACUUUAACACGUAAAUCUUUUUACCUGUUCUCUUGUCUCUGUUAUAUGGAGUGUUGAGAAUGAGCAUUAUGGCUUGACAGAUGCCAUUGUGAUAUGGAUAAUAUGUGGAAUGUGUGCUUUCCUCAUUUGUUAGUUUGCACUAUGUGUAUGUUUUAGUUAUGUAACAAAUACAGAGAUGACCAUGGUUGUAAUGGGGUAAUGAUAGAAUGAUGUUUGAAUAGGAUCGUGGUACCCAUCACCAGUCUGCAGCACAGUGGCAGUGUGAGAGACAGAUCUGGAUUGACUACACAAGAUUGCUUUGAAAUGUGGGUCCAGUGGCACAGCUAAAGUGAACUAGACGUUCACCAUAUGUUCAAAUUGGGGUUCACUCCGGUUUACAUUUAAAGUGUAAAGUUGCUUUGGGGUAUACUCUACAUGCACUACCACCAUUUACUGACUUUUCUUUAUUUCCACCUUUUUCCAUUGUUACGUGUGAAGAUUACUAUUGUAGUAAUAUGUAGAAUUCAAAGUUAGUUUGUAGGUAUGUAGAACAGGGUCAACCUUGUAUUAUUUUAAAUGAAUGUAAAUAGCGGGGGAGGAACAAUGAUGUAAGCUUGUUAUUUCGAUCUUAAAAUAAAUGUUUCAUAAGUUGA